AGAGUCUAAUAAAUAAGAAUGUCAUUGGCCUUAUGGGGCUUUUGGAAACAAAAAUAAAAGAUCCUAAAUAUAUGGAGGUAGAGAAAAAACUAUUUAGUGGGUGGGGCACCUACAUCAAUAAUAACAAUCAUCCAAAUGGGAGGAUUUGGGUUGUUUGGAAAAGGCAGAAUUACGAUGUAAGGGUAAUGGACUCAACAGAUCAGACCGUGCAUUGUUCUGUUAUGAAUAGGGAGAACAAGGAGGAGUUCUACAUUACGUUUGUAUAUGGUCAUAAUGAUCUUAACAAAAGGAUAGCAAUGUGGAUCAGGAGGUACUCUACCGCCAUGAGAGGAGCUUGGUGUGUCCUGGGAGAUUUCAAUGUUGUGUUGCAUAUAGAUGACAGAAUUGGGGGAAGCAGAGUUACUAGAGAGGAGACUAAAGAUUUUGAAGAAUGCCUUAGGGAUUGUGGAUUAGAGGAGGUCCCGUAUACUGGUUCAUACUACACAUGGUCGAAUAAGCAAGGACUAGGGGACAGAAUUUACUCUAAGCUAGACAGAGUAGUAAGCAAUGUAGAAUGGGUCACAAAGUUUGGAUCUAAAACAAUCAUUUUGGAGGAGGGGAUUUCAGAUCAUUGCCCUUUGAUCAUCCCUAAUAGCCAUUGCCAAAUUAAGAGGAAUGAAUUUAAAUAUUGUGAAAUGUGGAGACUUGACCCGAGUUUCCAAGCAAUCAUUAAGGAAGGUUGGUCUAAGCAAGUAGUGGGCAGACCAAUGUUUCAGAUUUUGCAGAAGCUUAAAUCAUUGAAAGCACCCCUGAGGAAGUUGAACAGAGACAAGUUCCAUCAGAUCAAUAAACAAGUGGAAGUUAUCGGGGUGGAACUUGAAGAAAUUCAAAAGCACCUUAAGGAUAACCUAGAGGACAGUGAACUGCUGCACAAGGAGAAACAACUCGCAAAGGAAUAUCACCUGAAAAUCAAAGCUGCACUCCUUUUGAGGAAACAACAAUCCAAGAUGGAGUGGAUUACUGAGGCUGACCAAGAUGACUUGAUAGUCAUAUGUAGAGCAGAUGAGAAGUCCAUUAAGUGUGUCAUGGAGUCCCUAGCCCACUUUAAAAAGACGAUAGGUCUAUCUAUCAAUCUUGGCAAAUCUCAGAUUGUAAUGGCAGGGAUCAAUCACAAAGAGAAGAAAAGGCUCAUUGAGAUGACUAAGAUAACAGAGGGUAAACUACCUUUCACAUACUUAGGCUGCCCUAUCACUACAAGUAAAAUGUCAAGUGCUGACUGUGAUUUGUUCAUUGAGAAGAUAACGUCAAGGAUAACAAGUUGGGCCACCAAACACCUAUCAUAUGCAGGAAGAUCUAGGUUGAUAAACUCAGUUCUGUUUGGAAUCAUUAAUUUCUGGUGUAGAAUUUUCAUUAUUCCUGGCAGGGUAAUGAAGAAGGUGCAAGCCUUAUGUAGAAACUAUCUAUGGGGAGCAGCUGAAAAGUAUAAAAGGGUCCCAUUGGUUAACUGGGAAGACACUUGCAAACCAAAAGGAAGUGGAGGGCUGGGGUUCAGAAACGUAAAUGUUUGGAAUAAAGCCUUGGUGAUGAAGCUGAACUGGGAUAUUGCAAACAAGAAGGAUAAUUUAUGGGUUAGGUGGAUUCAUAGUAGAUAUAUUAAGGGCACAAACUUCUGGGAUUAUACUCCAAAACAGGACACUUGCUAUUAUUGGAGGAGGAUGGUAAAAGUGAGGGCAGAAUUUGAGGGGAUGAGAAUUAAUGGGGAAUAUACACCAGAGGAAGGGUAUCAAUGGCUCCUAGGCCAACCCCCCAAAGCAGAAUGGGCUAGCGUGGUGUGGAAUAGACUAACGAUACCCAAACACCAAUUCAACAUGUGGCUAAUCCUGAAGAACAGACUUCAGACAAGACAGAGGCUAAGUAAGUUCAUCAAUGUUGAUACGAAGUGCCUGUUGUGUAAUAAUGGAGCAGAAGACAUCAACCAUUUAUUUUGGGAAUGCCCAUUCUCCAAGGAGCUGCACAGUAAGAUUAUGGUACCCAUGGGUUGUGUAAUUCAAGCUUCAAGUUUCCAAGAAUAUUGUGACAAGAUGAGGAGACAUGGAACCAUAAGGGAGAGAGGAAUUUGGAUAGCAGCAUGGGCAACAACUUGCUACUUCAUAUGGAAGGCUAGAAAUACUAAGUGGCACCUAAAGGAGGAUGUGAGGGUGGACGAGUGUGUCUCCUGUAUUAUGUUCAAUAUUAGAUGUUUCAUUAGUAGUAAACUGAAGAAGAGUAAUAUACUGUCCAGGUAGUAGAAUUAAGUAGGGAGGAGUAUUGAAGAUUGUAUGAUCUUAUUUUUGUGAUGAGUUAAUGAAUUGUGAAGUGGUUC